AUGCCAGAAUUUGGUCGAUGUGAUGAUCCAUCAUGUAAUGAAAAAGCUGUUCGUUUAUUCGAUUGUGCUCAUCAUUGUAUGAAAAUGAUUUGUCUUCAACAUUUGAUUGAACAUGAUCGUUUAGUUGAAAAUAAUAAACGACAAUUAGAAAUUGUUCAAUUAGAACUUAAACGUCUUUAUUCAAUUUAUUCAUCAUUAAUUGAUGAAGAUAAAAUUCGCCAUGAAUAUGAACAAAACUUAGAUGAUUAUAAAAAAUUAGUAAAUGAAAUUAAUACGUUAUUAGAAAAUAAUUCAAAUGAUAUUGAACAAUUUCGAUUAAUAAUUGAAAAAUUAAAGCAAACAAUUAACGAAAAACAAAGACAAUCAGGUGGUGAUUCUUUAACUAUUGUUAAAGUUGAACCGAUUGAAGAAAUUUCAUCAUCGACAACGAAUGUAGAAAAAGAUGAAUCUUUAUUUAUUGGCUUCGAUCGAUUACAAAAUUUAAUCAUAGAUACUGAUUAUCACCGACGAAAAACUAUGGAAAGUACUAAUGCAAGGAACCAAUCAGAAAAUACAACAAUUAUUGCCACUGAUGAUGAUAAUUAUAGCAUCAAUACAAAUAUUCAUAUUCAUCGACUUGCUGGUCAAUGUCCACUAUGGGUGAAUGGUGCCUAUGGUCUCAAUCAAGAACAUCAUUUUCAUCGUUUAUGUCGGAAAAAAUGUUUUGCAGAUUUAAGUAGUCAUAUGCGUCAAUAUCAUGGUUUAUUAACACCAAUUGCUAAUGUUAUUGCAAGAGCUGUUUAUUCGAAAAUACCAGUUACAAAACGUUUAAUUCCGAAUGAUCUACAGGUUAUUGAUCCACGACGAAGUUUUUUUUGUCCACUACGUGUUGAAUGUCAAAAUCGAUGUUGGUUAUCACCAUCAUCUCUUAGAACUCAUCUUAUUGAUGUACAUCGUAUGAAUCAAUCGAUGGCAGAAAAUAACAUACGAUCAUUUUAUUAUAUUCAUUACCAUAUUGGUCACUUUAAUACCUUUAUAUUUAUUAAAAGGAUAUGCGAGCUAAGUGGCGUAAGAAACAUGGCUUCUUCUUCAAAUCAAUCACAACAACAACCAAUUAAUUAUUCAGCUGAUGCUCCAACUACAGCAUCUUCAAAUACAAUAACAAAAACUUCAGUAACUUUUGAUGAAGAUUUAUUUCUUUUUUUACCUCGUCUUAGUGAUAUUCUUAAAAGUUUUGAAAAAAAUCCAAGUGAAUUAAAAGUAAAAUUAGAUGAACUUCGAAAACAAUUUGAAUCAUGUCAUGAUAUGAUAUCACGAGUUGAAGGUAUUGAUACAACAAUUGAUGAUCAACGUUCGGAACUUGAAAGACUUGAUAAUGAACUUAAAUCUAAAAGUGAAUUACUUAAAAAACAUAUUCAAAUGUGUAAAUUUGACUUAAAUAUGCCACCAAAAAUACGACGAAUUACAUCGGAAACUGAACAAGAUUUAACAAAUCGAACAUUACAAAAUUCAACGAAUGCAAUGAAUAUUAAUGAUGAUGAUGAUGAUGAUGACGAUGAUCUUUUUCAAUCAGAUGAUAAUACUAAUUUACAACAAGAAACAAAUAAUGAAAGUCUUUCUUCAUUUUUUUCUUAA